UUUCCAUUGUCUAGCAUAAAAUAAAAUCGAAAAAUUCUGUAAUUCUGUCUGACUGGACUGGUUAUUAAGAUAAGUGGUGUAAUUUUAAUCCUUUGAUUCGUUACAACUUGUUUUUAUUGUCAUAAAAAAUGUAUUGUGGUGUGGAGCACGGUUUGAUUGGUUACAGGCCCCUAAUGAACAUCAUUCCACCAUUAGGCUUUAAUUGCUAUUACAUUUUUUAGUCGUGUUAUGUAAACGAAGUGAAAGUUAUCGUUAAAAUCAAUUACAUUUUUGCAAAAUGUUUAUAAACUGUACUAUUUGUAGUGACUUGUUUACCGGCCAGGACUCAGAAGUUGUUUAUGCUACUUCAUGCGGUCAUUUGUUCCAUCAACAAUGUUUACUUCAGUGGUAUGAAAGGUCACCAACAUGCCCUCAGUGCAGAGAAAAGCAGAGACCAAAAAAUGCCGUGAAAGUUUACUUCAGUGUUCCAAGCAACUUUAACUGCUCCCAGGACGAUGCAUCAGCACUACAGAAUAAAGUCGACAGUCUCAAUUUCCAAAUAAAGUUGAAGGAUACAGAUCUGAAAAAUCAGAAAGAAGAUAAUGACAAACUCAAGUUCCAGACCAAAGGGUUGAGGGAAGAGGUGAAGAAAAUGCGAGAUGAGCUCAAUAUUCACCAACAGCAAACUUAUAGCUACCUGGAGAAGAUCAAGACUUUGAAACGGGAAUGCAAGCAGCUCAACGAGUACAAACUGGAAGCUGAUGAACUAAGGAAACAACUUGAUAAUUACAAAGGACUGGAAGAGCUGUUGCAUGGCUCGGCUACUGACACUGAGGAGAUAUUGAUUAGGACUGCCCUCGACCCAACCACUCUCAGCAUGUGUGUGUCUACUUUCAAAAAGGAACUUGAAGCUUCCAAGCAUCAAAAGCUCGAACUUCGAGAAUUGCUCGUCACCAGCCAAAAAGAGGCUAACAAGCUAAAAGCUGAAGUGAAGAAACUCAAUGAAGACAUUUCAAUUUAUAAGAGAGUUAACCAGAAACUGAAAGAAGACGUGGCAUGCAGUGAGGAGGACAUUGCCAGUUUGAAGCAGAAGAUCAAACAGUUGCAGAGUGCCAUAUCGUCUCCCGGGGAGUCUAACCCUCGAGACAAGGCUCUGCGGCGACUCCUGCAAGAGAAUCCAGCCCCUGCCAACAUCGCUAACUCUCUAGACAACUCGUUUGUGGUGUCGCCACCAUCAAAGCCCUCAAAGAUGAGUUACUCACCGCCAUCUCCAGGCAUUGCUAUCCGGAAACGGAAGGAAGCACCGAUGAGUAUCUUCCAGAAACCCAACAGAGCUCUGGACCCGGACUCUAUCAAACUGUCACAGUCCGGCCAAGGCUCGGAGACGGUGUACAACGGUCUGGGCGGACACUCUAGAAGUGACGACUUUGCGUUUCCAAAGUUUGAUAGGUUUAAAAAGUUGACAAAGAAGAAGAAUCUGUCAGCUGCUGCUGCGUCCACUGCCAAAAAACUCAAACCUGACCCUAAUAAUUUGAAGUUGGAUUCUUUUUUCUCGUAAGUUGACGAUUUGCGAGUAUAAAUAAGUUUGUUGACUGUUUAUUGAAUUGAACAGGAAUAGAUUGUAAAUAGUUGAAAGACUGUAAAUAUUUUAAAGUUUUAUUGUAGUAAUUUAGAUUGAAGUUUUAAAAACGUUUUCACCAUUAAUUUCUUUAACUACCUAUAUAAUUUAUUAUGCUGACAGAACUGAAAAUAAAAUUUGAUGGUAUGAGAAUAAAUGUAUUAUUUUAUUUCUUCAAUGUCUUUGCAUUUGGCAUUUUCAUGAGUAAACUGAUGUGUCCAUCAGAAUAAGAGAAUAUAACAUUAGAAUGGAUUUAAACCGUUAUUUUCCCUUAUUAAAAGUGUAAAAUGUGCAAUUGGUGCUAUGUAAAAAUACAAUUAAGUAACCCGCCAUAUUUUAUGAAAGAAAUCAAAAAACCUCUUGUAGUUGUUCAGGUAUAAGAGUACAAGUUUGUAAAUAACAAAUUAAAAAUAGAGUAGGUGCUUGUAGGCUUGGAUAUACAUAUAAAAUGUUGUCCAUAAAACAUAAUUUUAGAUUUAAACAUUUCUAAAAGGAGUCAAAUUUUAAGAUAUAGUUAUACUUAUCAUAUAAUAUUGUGCUAGUGAAAUAAUCUAGCUGCUUGUGAAUUGUUAAAUAAAUUAUUAAGUAUACUACAAAAAUGAUCAAUAUUUGUUCACAGCUUUAAAUGUAUUGUUAGUAAAACGUAUGUAAAAUAAUGUAUGUGUAAUUAUACUAAAUCAUAUUAUCAUAUUUUAUUAUACAGUAGAACCCAGCCUAACUGGAUUGAACCUACUGUUUGGUAAGAGAAAAAAAAAACUUGUACCUAUAAAAGUGGCAGAUAAAAUGGUGGCUUUGUGUUAAGUAUACGAGAACUGAUUGAUUUUUGUUAAGUAGAUAAUGUUUGACAAAAAUAUUUAAGUAGUAGCAAAACUUAACUUUGAACGUAAGAACCAAAGUUCUCAAUACAAUUUUAACCUAUGUAGUCCAACUAAUUGCUUAGUAAGAAUACUAAAUGUGUUUAAUAUGUCUAGGAUCACAGAACAUUUUACAAGGUUGAGACGCAAUGAAUUAAAUAAAUACUCUUUGCAAUAACUUUGUUUGGAAAAAUAUAUGUUUUGUUUUGCUGAUGGUUUUUGUUCUUGUAACCAGUGUCAAACAUCGAUGGUAAUGAAGACGGUUACAUAUUGCCUUUAAACUCAGUCAAUUUUAGUCAGAUUUAGACUGUAUCCAUCUCUGUAAAUAGCAGAAAACUGUCUUUCUUCUGGUGUCUUUAUAACCUUACUUUUGUUUAAGUAUCCAGACGUUUUGAGAAAAAGACAAUGUGUUGCUUGCCAUGUUGCGUGUUGUUGUUUACAGGUUGUUUGUUGCAAUAUUUU